AAGAUCCUGUGAGUGUUAGAAGGAAGUUAGGUUGUCAUGUGGUAACCAACAGAAGGUUAUGAGUAAAAAAAAAAAGAUUAUUUGAUCAUCUGACUUGUUUUGCGUAAAGGGAAGAGAUAUGAAAUGAGUCGGGUAGCACAUACGGGGAGUCUUGUGUUGAUUUUAGAGACAUUCUUUUGACAUUUUUAAUAUUUGUGGUGAUCGGCGAAACACCUCGAUUCACGAAUAGGUCGUUCAACUCGCGAUGCUGGACAGAUCGCUGCAUCAUCAUGUUGCUUCCGAGUUAGCGAAACAAAUCACAAGUUACACCAGGGGAAUAGUGAGUCGUCGUCAUUUAGCUACCCGACAAUUGCAAUUGUGAACAGAAAAGGAUGGAUACAUCUGUUGAUUUGGCUUGUUGGCACUUCGAUGAUACAUUGUCGCGCCCAGUGAUGUGAAAUAAGAAGAUAAAUAGCUGGUUACAUUGUAUCACUUGUUUAUGCCUGGGGUUGAUGCGAUAUUUCUCAUUUGUUAUUGGGUGGGCGCGAUUGUAAUUAGCCAACAUCUUCAUUAUGGGCAUUUGGGACAAUGAAGAAUCAAAAUGCAUUUUCUUUCAAACAAACUUUGCCACUGAAAUAUAGUCUAUCCAGACCUACAUUAUAAACAUCUGGAAUACAGUAUUAACUUUUUUAUUGGCUCCAUCAUCAUCAAAUACUCUAUUGGAUUUGUCAAGGAAGUGCACGUUUAGUCUCUGUUGGAUAACCCCGGUUUGUGUAGGAUAUCCACUUUGACUCUGGAUGAGACUGCUCUGUUCKGGUUAUGAUCAUGACCCAGGAAUGUAUGGAUGAUCGCCAAAGAGAUGCUGACUUCAUGGAAAUAUGCUGGUGACAUUUCUCCUAUUCAAACAAAUCAGCUACAUAGUUCUUGUGCUGCAGACUGUUAUUGGAUACUUUUUGAUUAUAGUGGCUAAGCGUGCCACAUUGUCUCAGUGAAUGGUUUUAACCACGAUGGAAUGCAACAUAAAUAGCUUCUCCAAAUAGGUUGCCAAUAUGUUCAUUUGAAAGUUUCAUAGGUCUAUUUCAUCCUAUGUUUUCCUGGCCCGUCUUUAAUCUUUUGUCACUGUCCACUACUGUCACCGCAUCCACGUGGAGAUGACAACACCUGACACUUGACAACUUUUGGGUCGAGGAAACUUGCAACCGUAACGCACUGACGGCUCCCUCUGCUGUAAUCCCCAGAACGGUACAAGGGGACAUAGCUUUUGUUUUUGCUUUCGGACGGCGGAGAGGAAGAGGGAUAGACUCAAUAAGGAAAAAGUAGCUUACAGCAGAUACAAAAAAAGAAGUCCGGCUAAAAUGGCCGGCGACUGCAACUAUAAAACACAAUACGCGAAUGAUGACACAUUUUCUCCAUCCAAAUUACCCGACCGAGUGCGGAUCAUCGCGGGGGAGCCCGACGCCGCCAGUGUUCAUACGGGGCGUAAAUCAUUGGGUUGCUCGCCAAACUUCGAAUUGAUUGACGGACUGCUGUACCGUAAGAAGUUGGAGAGAGGCUUCAUCCAUUACCGGGAGGUGCUUGACGAGGACCGACGGUUCGGGGCGAUCGCCACUUUCCACCGGCGACGGACAGGCACGCGCCACCACUCCCUGGAGGACACGUACAGAUCAGUGGCCGAGAACUACUGGUGGGAGGGGAUGUACUUUCAGAUCCGAGACUUUGUACUGGGAUGUCCAGAGUGCCUUGAGCAGAGGAACAAGAGACCCGAGAAGCGUGUGGGCGAGAGCUGUCUCUCUCAGACAAUGAUGUCACACAGCGAUGAAGUGCUGAAUAAGCUGAGGAGCCAGAGGGAGGCUGGACUGUUCUGUGACAUCACUCUGAGGAYAGACGGACGCUCUUACUCCGCCCACAAGGCAGUGCUGGUGGCAGUGAGUGAGUACUUCCAGGAAGUAUUCACUGAGAUGGACUCCGCCCCUAGCGCCAGGUCUGACAUCGACCUCACAGGUUUCAGUGAGUCUAGCCUGGUGUCUCUGCUGGACUUCUCCUACUCCUCUACUCUGUGUGUGUCUGAGGAGGACCUGUCAGAGGUCAGCACUAUGGCCCGUCAUCUGGGCAUGUGGCCUGCCGUGGAGGCCUGCACGGCCCUCCAGAGGGAGCAGGCGGACCACACCUCCCGCUACCCCAACACGGAGCACCCUGCCCUGGGCUUCCCAUCGCAGUGCCCUGGGUCUCCCCUGGAGCUCCGCCACCACCAGAAGGACAGGAAGAAGGGAUUGGCUGGAGAGGGCCGGGAGAGGGUGGCUGGGGGAAGAGUGGUGAGGGGUUUGGGUGAUGGCUUCAGACUGAUUCUGGAUCAGUCCGAUGAGUCGGGGGAGGAGAGCCCCACCAGAUGGUCGCCCCGUCGCCCCCUCAGACCCAGCGCCCACCCUCCAGGGAAAAACGGCCUCCCCCUCAGCCCCAUGCACAGGAUGAAGCUCAUGGACUUCAAAUCCCCCUCCUGUAAAAUAACCUCUUCCCCCCGAAAAAAUKUCCCCUCCAACCCCCGCACCCGAAACGUCCCCUCUUCCUCCUUGCCCCACACAUGUACCCGUCUCCUCCGCUCCACUCCCGGGGCUGCCAAGGAGGUCCAGAGUAUGCUGCCCAGGACAGAGAGCCCUCCUCAGGGCCGAAAGCCACCCCCAGUCCCCUGUCCUGCCUCCACCUCCUCCAGACAGAGGGCUUGCUCUGAGGCCAACAUAGUGAGGGUGGAGGAGGAGGAAGAUGAGAAGGAUAAUUUCAGAGCGCUGGAGAAGUACCGGCUGAUGAGCGUGCUUGGGUUACAGAGGACGUCCCUCCUCCCCAGACCGGAGGAUCUGAUUGGCUGGAGGCAGAAGAAACGGCUCCGGAAGCUGAAAGUCAAUAACUAUUCGCUGACUAAGCGGAGGAAACCCCGUCCCCAGGGGUUGGUGGGGCUGGUGUUCGGGGGGCUGCCCCUGUCCCUCCCUCUCUGCACCCCUGCCAAUGCCCACUUCUUGAACAGGAUCAUAAAGAAGGAGCCUGUGUAUCCAAUCAGCAUGGAGGACAGGAGACUGAAGAGAUCCAGACAGCCCCGUCGUUUUCCGCCCAGCGACAGGAGCAUGCGCAGUAAAGUGGCAUUACCGGACCUGCUGCAGCCCGUGUCCAGGCCGGCCUAUAGCGACAGGGAUCUCAGGCGUUCUGUCAGGGGUGAAGAGGUCAGCCAUCCCCCUCCGCACCUCCCGCCCUGCUCUGGGAACGCCAGAGUUCCAAAUCCCAAGAAGAACAUCUCUGCUCUCAGGAUCAAACCGGAACAUGCCGACUACGCCAUCUCAGCCCCGCCCCUCCCCUCACUUGGCCAACGCCCAAACACACACAUCCCCCCUCCCAGGGCUCACCCCAGGAAUAAGGUUACCAUGGAGACUGCCAGGGUGCUCCGCUACAACAGCGGGUGUCUGUUGGCCAAAGCCAAGCCGGAGCGGAGUGGCAUGAAAGAGGCUGGGAGAGCCCAGCAUAAGUCCAGAGAGAAGAGCAGGAGGACAGGGUGCAACCAGGGAGCAAGGGGGGUCACGGAGAGAGGGCCUGGAGCUCUGAGCAGAAGGAAGAACAGCAGCAUCCUCAGCCCUGACCCAGUCCCUCCUCCCCUCCAUAGCCAUCCUCUGUACAGGGUCAUCAAGGAGGAACCAGCAGACCCUCUACCCGUGGUGGGGCCUUUCCCCGAGCCACCCUCCCCAGAGCUGGGCAAGAGGCAGAUCAAGCCCCCUGUCAAGCUUCUAGAUCCAGGCUUCCUCUUCAGCUUCUGUAGGCCGUCCGUAGGGCCCAUGGUGGGGGUGAAGAGGGAGGAGGAGAGUGUGGAUAUCUGCCUAACACGAUCUGUCUCGAGGGGGGAGAGGUUAGGUCCCGCGGGGGGCCCGGACAGGGUCCUGAGGGCCAGAGGAGGUCCCCCCACUUUGCCCAUGGUGAAGAAGGAGCGGGAGGAGAAGAGUGUGAACCAAAGUCAAACCAAGAGGCAGGGGCCACCAAGGGCUGUCAACAUUCACCAACACAAGGCCCCCCACCUGGUUAGAGCCACAGAGUCAAAGGGUGCACGCACGGCACGGGACAUACCAAAGAAGCAAGCUAAGCCCCUCCACCUGCCUAGCCGAGGCCCCGCCCUGUUGGACUCGAUCUGCCGGGCACGGCUCAAGCAACUGCGGAGUCCUCGCAGUCAGGCCCCCAAGGCCAAGUCAUCCCACGUCUGCCUGCAGUGCCGGGCCUCCUACAAGGACUGUAACGGCCUCCUCAUGCACCGCAUCAGGCACAUCGAGGGCAAGCACUGGCCCUGCCCUCUGUGCAGUAAGACGUUCUUCAGGAUGAGGAAUGUGAAGAACCACAUCCGGACCCAUGACCAAAGGCUGUAUAAGUGUCGCAGCUGUCUGGCUGCAUCCUGAGAGCUGACUGGGGAGGGAGGGUUGAAGCUGUCUACAUUGACUGACGUGAUGGAGAGAGUAGAGCACAUUGUUGAACUGCAAGCUUGUACAUGCAAUGCGUCCAUCACAUCCAAGCACAAGGCUCCCAGGAAAGAUGUAAUUACUAUGACGUUGAUUAUUGUUAUUUAAAUAACCAAACUUUAAAUUCUUGUUUGCAUUUUCAGUAGCUACAGGGGUUUCAACUUGAACUUUACACUCAGGGGGUGGGGCAACUGUGACGUCACUGUAUUUAAAUGGUUGACGACGUCACAGUUUAUGUAAAUGAGAAAUGUGUAGAAUGGAAAUGACAAAUGUAUUAUGACAAUGAUAAUUAUUACCACUAUUGUUAUUUCUAUCAUUAUUUUUCUAUGUAUAGACUGAAUCUUUGAGUGCACUUAUACACGAUAUCACCAAAAGUAUGUGGACACCCCUUCAAAUUAGUGGAUUCGGCUAUUUCAGCCACACCUGUUGCUGACAGGUGU